AAUGGNCCCAUUGAAGGGCUGACUGUAACAGUGGACCUCGACCAGAAAAAGAUAGUGAAAUUUUCCAACACAGGAAGAGGUAUCCCAAUUCCAAAAAGUAGUAAUACAGAUUAUAGAUACACGGCCCAAGUGAAGCCACCAGAACUGAAGCCACUAAACCCAAUAUCCAUGGAGCAGCCUAAAGGGCCUAGUUUUAUAGUAGAAGAUGGACACGUGGUGAAAUGGUCGAACUGGGUAUUCCACCUGAAAGCUGACCAACGAGCGGGGAUGGUGAUUUCACGAGCCACGGUUCAAGACUCAGAGACUGGUGAGCUAAGAAGUGUGAUGUACAAGGGGUUUUCUUCGGAAUUAUUUGUGCCUUACAUGGACCCUGAUGAGCAUUGGUACUUUAAGACAUAUUUGGAUGGUGGUGAAUAUGGUUUAGGGGCAACUUCAUUAUCACUUGUGCCAUUAAAUGAUUGCCCUAGAUACUCUUACUACAUGGAUGGGGUCUUUGUGACAUCCGACGGUAAGCCAUUUGUUCAGUCUAAUAUUAUUUGCCUGUUCGAGCGUUAUUCUGCCGACAUCAGUUGGCGGCAUUCUGAGAUCCCAAUAAAUGGUUUCCAGAUAAAGGAAGCCAGACCAAAGGUGACGCUUGUGGCGCGGAUGACAGCAUCAGUCGGAAACUACGACUACAUAUUUGAUUGGGAAUUUCAAACCGACGGUUUGAUUCGCAUCAAGGUGGGACUCUCGGGGAUGCUGAUGGUGAAAGGGACUCCACAUGAAAAUACAAAUCAGGGUUUUGACGAAGAUGACAUAUCGGGUCCCUUAGUUUCUGAAAAUGCUAUCGGUGUUGUCCAUGAUCACUUUAUUACCUUCCACUUGGACAUGGACAUUGAUGGGGUUAAUAAUUCGUUUGUUGAGGUUAAUCUUGUGAAAAAAGAGACUUCGAAAGGCGAAUCGCCAAGGAAGAGUUACUUGAAAGCUAAGCGGCGCAUAGCUAAAACAGAAAAGGAUGCUCAAAUUAAGCUCAAGCUCUAUGAUCCAUCAGAAUUUCAUGUAAUUAAUCCUUCAAGUCGCUCUAGGUUGGGAAACCCGGCAGGGUAUAAAGUUGUCCCAGGAGCAAACGCCGCCAGUUUGCUUGCUCAUGAUGAUCCUCCGCAGCUACGAGGUGCUUUCACUAACAAUCAGAUAUGGACGACCCCGUAUAAUCGAACUGAACAAUGGGCUGGUGGACUUUUCGUGUACCAGAGCAAAGGAGAUGACACACUUGCAGUUUGGUCCGAAAGGAAUCGCCCAAUUGAGAAUCAAGAUAUUGUAUUAUGGUACACCAUGGGAUUCCAUCACAUACCAUGUCAAGAGGAUUUUCCUGUAAUGCCAACCGUGUCAUCCAGCUUUGAUCUAAAGCCUGUCAAUUUCUUCCAAAGCAAUCCAAUUCUUCGAGCAGCGCCCACCUUCGAAGAUGACCUACCUGUAUGCCAGCCCAGUGCUUCAUAGUAAUCAGAUUUUUAUCACUUACAAUAUGUUUGACGCAUUAUAUCGUAUUGUAUAAUAUCAUAUUACACUAUAUUAUAUGAAAUACAGUAAUAUUUAAUUUGCACAUGUUUGAUAUGUCAUAUUCUGUUGUACUAUAUUGCAUUGUAUAUCGUUGUCUUGUAUUGGACAGUAUCAUAUAAGAUAACAUGUAGUUUAUGAAGGCGUUUAGCGGAUGACUAUAUUG